UUCUGGACGAACUGCCGCAGCCCCCUACAAUCACCCACCAGUCUCCAAAAGAUUACAUAAUAGACCCACGGGAUAACAUCCUGAUCCAGUGUGAGGCAAAAGGGAAGCCAGCUCCCAGCUUUUCAUGGACGCGCAAUGGAACCCAUUUCAACCUUGAUAAAGACCCACGAGUGACAAUGAAGCCAAACUCCGGGACUCUGCUAAUUGACAUUGUGGGUGGUGGGAAAGCAGAAGUUUACGAAGGAGAAUAUCAGUGCACAGCAAGGAAUGAUCGUGGCACAGCUGUGUCCAACAAAAUUGUCAUCCGCCAGUCCAGGUCCCCUAUGUGGGCUAAAGAGAAGAUCGAUCCGAUUGUAGUCCGUGAGGGGGCUAUGUUGGUUCUCCCCUGUGACCCUCCAUCUGGCCUGCCACCUCCCAUCAUCUUCUGGAUGGAUAACUUGAUGCAGAGGUUUACACAGAACGCACGGGUUUCACAGGGUCUGAACGGUGACCUGUAUUUUUCAAACGUGCAGCCAGAGGACACUCGGGGUGAUUACAUUUGCUAUGCCCGGUUCAACCACACUCAAACUAUUCAGCAGAAGCAGCCAAUCUCUGUGAAGGUGUUGACUCUUGAUGCCAUCAAUGAGACUUAUGCAGCUUAUUCGAAUGGCACUGAACUGUAUGGUGACAGCCCAGUGGGAGAGCGGAGGCCCACCAUUAUCAGCCCCAGAGGAACGAGCAGCAGUAAAACUGUACUGAGAGGACAAGUCCUAUACUUGGAAUGUAUCGCAGAAGGCCUGCCCACACCAGCUAUCCAUUGGACCAAGGAAGGGGGAGACUUGCCCAGCCACAGGGCCUUUGAAAUCAAUUUUAAGAAGACCCUGAAAAUCGUCGAUGUCUCAGAGGCGGAUGCUGGGAAAUACCGAUGCACGGCGAAGAAUUAUUUGGGAACCAGUACACAUGUCAUUUCAGUUACAGUCAAAGCUGCACCGUACUGGAUUAGCGAGCCCAAGAACCUGAUCCUGGCACCUGGGGAAGACGGGACACUGAUCUGCAGAGCUAAUGGCAAUCCCAAGCCCGCUAUUCAAUGGCUGGUUAAUGGUUUUCCCAUCGAAAAUGCCCCCAGUGACAUCAGCAGGGAACUAAUGGAAGACACCAUCCGCUUCACUAAAGUCCAGGUCUCUUCCAGCGCUGUUUACCAGUGCAACGCAUCAAAUGAACACGGAUACUUGCUGGCAAAUGCCUUUGUAAAUGUACUUGCUGAGACCCCCAGAAUGCUUACGCCGCCUGACCAAGUUUAUCAGGUAAUUGCCAACAAGGCUGCAUUGCUGAACUGUGCAUAUUUUGGAUCGCCAAUACCUCACAUUCAAUGGUUCAAGGAUGACCAAGGCAGUGUCCUCCAUGGUGACUCUUAUGUUUUCCAUGACAACGGUACUUUGGAAAUUGCCUUCUCGCAAAAGAACGAUAGUGGCACUUACACCUGCAUAGCAACCAAUCCCCUUGGUGUCAUCCAAAACCAAGCCUUCCUCGAGGUCAAAGAUCCGACAACCAUCCUUAAACAACCACGAUAUCAGUCUGUGCAGAUUAUGGGCACAGCUGUAUUUGAGUGCAAGGUGAAGCAUGACCCAUCGCUUUCUCCAACAAUUAUUUGGCUGAAAAAUAAUGAGGAGCUGCCUGAUGACAACAGGCUCCAGGCAUCUGACGAUAUCUUGACUAUUCUGGAAGUAUCUGAGGAGGACCAAGGAUCCUACACGUGUGUAGUGAAUACGACCUUGGACACAAACUCUGCAACGGCUGAUCUUACUGUCCUAGCCCGUUCCUCAACUCCAGCUAGCCCUGACGAUCAUCCUGAUCCACCUUCAGACUUGGAAUUAACCAAUCCUCAAGACAGGAGCGUGCAGCUGUCAUGGAUACCAGGAGAAGAUAAUAACAGUCCCAUUACAAAGUUCAUCGUUGAGUACGAAGAGGAUCAAUUUGAGCCCGGAUUGUGGCACCAUUUAGCUGAUGUUGGGGGUACACGUACUACGGUGCAGCUCAAGCUUUCCCCCUUUGUCAACUACAGCUUCCGAGUUAUUGCUGUCAAUCAAAUAGGCAGGAGUGAGCCAAGUUUGUCGUCUGAGCGCUACUUCACACAGCCAGCUGCCCCUGAUGAAAAUCCCUUAGGAGUUCAAGGAAUGGGAACUGAGCCCAACAAUCUGGUGAUAACCUGGGAGCCUUUGAAAGGUGUCCAGUCCAACGGGCCAGGCCUGACUUACAAAGUCAGCUGGAGACAGAAAGUUGGCGACGAUGAGUGGACGUCAGUGAUGGUUGCCAAUGUUUCGAAGUAUAUCGUCUCGGGUACGCCGGAGUUUUCUCCGUAUGAGUUGGAAGUGCAGGCGUUUAAUAGCCUUGGAGCUGCCUCAGAGCCUGAGGUUGUAACCGGAUACUCUGGCGAGGAUUUGCCAAUGUUGGCCCCUAGCAAUGUGCGUGUCCAUGUCAUCAAUAGCACUCUGGCAAAGGUGCACUGGGAUCCUGUUCCACUGAAAAGUAUCCGUGGAUUCCUCAAGGGAUAUAAUAUCUACUACUGGGAGCAAGAAAGCCUGACCACACGGGGCAAGGACCACACGGAAGUCAAGAUUUUGAGCUUUCUUGGAGACAAGAGCCACGGCAUGUUGCCAGGGUUGGAGCCUUUCAGUGUUUAUAAGCUGAAUGUUCGGGUCCUUAAUGGAAAAGGAGAAGGUCCCGCCAGCGAAGAUGUGGUGCUGAAAACUCCUGAAGGAGUGCCCAGCUCGCCAGAAUUUUUGAAGAUUACAAGCCCAGCACUUCACUCCCUGACCCUACAGUGGGGCCCUCCACUUCACCCAAAUGGUAUUCUUAAAGGAUACACGCUCAAGUACCAGCCCAUUAACAGUACGCAUGAGUUGGGCCCUCUGGUGGAGAUCACAAUCCCUGCAGAGAAUGAAACCAGCUGGACUCUGAAAAACCUCAACUACAGCACACGCUACAAGUUUUAUCUCAACGCCUUUACCGGUGUGGGAGCUGGCAGCAAGUUAACUGAGGAGGCCAUUACUGUCAUGGAUGAAGUGAUUCAUCAAACUGCCCCAGGGGCAGGCAAAGGAAUAUCUGCAACGUCUCCAUUACUGAAAACAGAUAUAAUAAUCCCUGUUGAUGAAAAAAUGAAGGUCCUGGUCCUUCGUCCAGUAAUUACGAACAUAACCUCAGCCGCAACCCAUGCAAAUAUCAGUUGGGAGUUUGAUCGAAUGGAUAUGCACUUUUAUGUUGAAUAUCAGAUAGCUGACAGUGAAGAGCCUCUGGAGAAAAUGCAGAUAAAUGCCUCGCAGACCUUCUUUGUGCUAAAGGGCUUGUUGCCGGGAACUAUUUACAGAGUGCGAGUUAUUGCCGAGAACCAGGCGGGCCAGUUGCGGAGUAAGGACGAGCGGUUUGAGACCCGUCCACCAGCUAUGGCAAGCCGCCAGGUAGACAUUGCCACCCAGGGUUGGUUCAUUGGUUUAAUGUGCGCCAUCGCCCUCCUGAUCCUGAUUCUCUUGAUUGUCUGCUUCAUCAAAAGGAAUAAAGGAGGCAAAUAUCCAGUCAAGGAGAAAGAGGAUGCUCAUGCAGACCCAGAGAUCCAGCCCAUGAAAGAGGACGAUGGAGCCUUCGGUGAAUACAGUGACACAGAGGACCAUAAACCACUUAAAGGUAGCCGGACGCCUUCGGACGGGACAGUUAAGAAAGGUGUGAGUGAUGACAGCCUGGUUGACUAUGGCGAAGGUGGGGAAGGGCAGUUCAACGAAGAUGGUUCUUUUAUUGGACAGUACAGCGGAAAGAAGGAAAAAGAAGCUGUGGAGGGCAACGAAAGCUCUGAGGCCCCAUCCCCGGUCAAUGCCAUGAACUCCUUUGUCUAACAUGGGGGAAAAUGUUGGACCACCCAAUGCCCAUGCACCAAUAAAUCGUAGAGUUUAUCCAUUCA